AUGGCGUCAGAACAGCGGCCAGCGAACGCACAGCCAGCGAACCCUCAGCCUGCUGCCCCCCAGCCAGUUAAUCCCCGGCCAGUCAAUCCCCCAAAUGAUCCUCCGCCAGUUGAUCGCCCACAGCCCCCGACUCGUCAACGUCCAAUUGGUGACUGGGAAGAUGUGCCCAAUCAUGUUCCUUACAUGCCGGAGUGGACAGACCCGGAGUGGGCCCCCAACAUCGAAUAUGACCGGGAAGGGAAGAGGCGGAGGGUGCUCUGGGCUGCUCCGGAUGUGGAUUACGGCACCGACUUUCGUCCUGCGAUUCUGGACCGCGAUAGGGACAAGAACCCCUCGUUCUUCGCUCGGCGUUUUGGCCUCUCUCCGCAUCCUAAUAUGUUGUUGGAGCGCGGAAGACGCGGUAGAUCUCUAAUGACUCCGUCACUCAACGUGCCAAGACUGUUUGCACCACCCUUCACGUGGUCAGAUGCGGCCAGCUGGCAGUCAUUUGUUUUGGGUGGGCUGAGGACAGACGACAUAAUUAAAUCAGGAGCGUACGACGAGGAUCAUCAAUUCAGUGGAACUGACAUUGGUGGUAGCCUGCAUCCCCUCCUCGACAGAAAUAAAUGGCACAUACCAGCCCAAAACAACCCUUAUCAUUCCUCCCGCUUUGUCUACAAUGCCCGCUGGAAAUUCGGGGAUGCACAGGGUGUUUGGGACCCCAGUGAUGACAGAGUAUGGGCAGCCCUGGAGCCGGCGCUUCGGUUGGCGGGGAAGAUUCUUUCCUCAAACCCCCCAUUCUGGAACGCGAUUCUGAGCUUUUACCACCUUCGACCAGUACCAAGGGAGUUAGACGGUCGCACGCUUGAAGCCCAGAGACGGGAUGAAGUGCCAUUUGUAUCGCUGUGGCUAGAUGAACAGAAACCAGGAAUGUACACGAAAGCUGCAGAACUCAAGCGCCGGGGCUUCAACUCCAAAGUUGCGACCCUGGCAUGGCUGGAACAUCACCUUCGUUUCAGCAUCGGCUACGGCGCUGAAGAAGAGAGGGGCGGCGUCGCUGCAACCACUUCUUUCCGUGGUUAUUCUAACAAUAACGUGCCCGGCGUUAGCAUCACUAUAUCUCCUGAGCUACUUUGGCCGUUGAUGACCACUGAAUUCCCGGAGGCUAAAGCUGCGACCACGUUCCAGCUCGUGGUCACCAUACUCCACGAGCUAGCCCAUGCAUGUGAUCCGUUCGGAGGAAUGAGCGUUGAAUACUACCCACAAGCCGAGGAGGGCAAAGCCUUCGAGAAAUCUCUCUGGGGCGAUGCGAUAAGUAUAAUGCCGGGACCUAUAAGCCAGCGUAUGACCAACUUGUCUCCCUGCCUUCAACUCGAGUCGUGGCCUUGGAGCCACCGAGCUCCAGAUCUCCAACACCAAUUCGUUGACAAAACGCGGUAUGCUCGAUAUGCAAGAGGGCCAUAUGUCGGUUAUUUGUUGAACCCGCCUGCUCCUGUGUACGAUUUCUCUAGACCCCUGCCAGUUGAGUCUUACGCACGCUUCUUUCCGUGGCCAUUACUGGAGGAACACAGGCUGGGCCUGUUGAUCAUAUGGCUGCUGGAAGAAACAGAGGGCAUGGUGACCGGACAGGUCACAAUGCAACGACUCCGAUUUGAGGCAAGGACUUGGAACAGCAAAUAUCAGAGAUUACGAGAUCUGUGUGACAAGUUCUUGGGCGACAUUAAUUCACUGGGUUCCAUGAUAGAUACCUGGCUUGCCGCAAGCAGACAAGGAACUCUUACAGCCGAGUCUCAGGCAGCCAUGACAGCAUCUUGUAAGGAUCAGUUCCCAGAGACGCCCCAGCCGUCCCCACGAAAUUGUCUCGGUCGAGAUGCAACCUUGCUCUAUGCUAAUGAUCUGAUGGAGCUGGACCGGCUUCUGAGACACUCCAUACAAUACGUACAGGCGAUGAUUGCCAUAUACUCAGUCGUACCAGACGAGGCCUACAGAAGGCUUGUGCAUCAGAAGUAUAUGGUACCUCUCAGAGGCAAUUUGCAAUCCACAAGCGUUAAGUUUGGUGAGGUAAGGCUGAGGAUCGAACGCUUUCUAGCCGCCACACAAAAUAAUCCCAGAAUUGACGCCCAAGAGUUUCUGGCUCCGCGGGUCCAGCUACUGAACCGUUACCUCGCUGAAGCUGCAGGUCCCACAAAAUACAAUCUCAGCUAUCUCGAGUACUUGAUUGGCCUUCUGGAAGACAGGUUCGUCGCGCCGGGGUUUGACUAUACCCGUCACCCCUCACGAUUGCCGGCCGUGCCUGACGCUCAAAAACGUAUGAGUCUGGCUCACAGUCUUAGGAGGGCUGCAGAACGUUCUUUGCGCUAUGUUUCGGAACAUGGUGCGAGGUCCGUCCGCGAUGCUGUCCAAAGGUGGCUGCGGAUUAUCUCGUCGAUGAAGCCUGACUUCGGAAUGGAGAACCAGAUCAUUGGUGUGGCCGCAGAGGACACCCCCAUGGGUAACACUUAA